AAUUGAUUCCCCGCACACCCCGACCACAAGUCCACGCCUCAACGAAGAAAAUCUCAGAUCCCUGUUCUCCCCUCCCCCUCGAUUAGCCGAAGAAAAUCCUCGCACAAGGAAGUCUCAUGGAUUCAGAUCCAGCCAUGGUGCUGCUUAAUCGCUCCGUGCUCUUGGUCAACGAGGUAACAGAUGUAAUGAAGGAAAAAGGCUGGUCUCUUGAGCUCGACGAGAAGGCAAUUUCAGACGCAUGCGACGGUAUCACGGAUUGGCAGGAGAAAGAGAAGGCAAGGCAAAAGGCCAUACGAGCAGAGAUCAAGAGGUUUCGAGCCAACCAAGAUGCGGCGGAGGCCAUUUUGCGCAAGCGCAAGGCCUCCAUGCCCCCCAGCACGGUGACCAAGUUUUGUACUGACACCGACCUCCGUAAGGUUUUGGAUGGCAUCGAACUAGAUCCUCAAGUCCAUGAUAUACCAGGUUUGUCCUUCUUUCGCCUCCGGCUGUCGUCUGCACGACAUCCUCCUGAUUUGCAGGGCACCUCCGUCGCCGGUGCGGACCACAACAUCCUCGUCUUCUAUGUCGGCCCCUACCGGCCCGGUUUCCCUGCACCGGGAUUUUAUCUGGUUUACGACGCAUGGGCCAACUCACUGUCCGCCAUCCACCAGUUGCCAUAUUUAGGCGGCGGCAGUAUUGGCUCUGAGGUUGCCGUGCUGCGCCAUGCUCCGGCCAGCGACUAUAUCCUCGCCGAGCUCCUCCUCACUGGCGAACUCCCCAAGGCAAGUCUCUGGACGUGGUGUUCGUCUGGUCCGUCCGCUCGCCAAUGGAUCCACAAGACAGUCAUCCUCCCUCCUGAAGUGUGCACGCCCACCUACAUCUUUCAUGCCGAUACCACUUUCUCUCUUGGGAAGUUUGCGCUCUGUUGGGUAGACCUCCUCGUUGGCAUCUUGAUGACCUGCGAUACCCUUGCCCCAGAACCUGUUUUCCAGUUCAUCCCGUUGCCGGAGGGGUGCUAUAUGGAGCCGCCCGACCCUCAAGAUGGACGCCAGGUACCACAGGAAUACCGGUCUAUGUGUUGCGGCAAUGACGGUAUCAUCAGAUUCAUCUCCAUCGACGGCUAUCAUCAAGACCUCUCUAUCAACGAUAUGAGGAAUAUGUUCCUCAGGACAUGGUCUCUUACUCUUAACCCCAAGGAGUGGAAGCAAGAAGCGGCACUAUGCAUUGGAGACCUCUGAUCUGACACAACCCACCAGAAGCUGCCAGCACUAAUGCCGACCUGGCCUGUCCAUAGCAUUCUUCAUGCUGAUGUUGUCUUCUUGUACUUGUCCGGCCCUAAUACUGGGAAUAAUACUGGGGAGACAGAGCGGUACAUGGUCAGCAUCAACGUGCAGCACAGGGAGGCUAUUUCAAUCUCCAAGUUAUCUCCUGAUGAUAGUUCCCCUCCUCCACGCUACUUUCCCAGCAGCUUCAAUUCGUACAUAAACAAGCGAUCCGGAAGGGAGAAAGGCGGCGACAAUGUCACCGUUAGGACGAACAAGAAAGCGGAGUACAUCUCAGGGCUCUCAGAGGAUUGCCUUGCUCUUGCAAUCUCCUUGACGACUCCCAUGGACGCGUGCCGCUGCUGUGCCGUCUCCAGGGCCUUCCAAAAAGCGGCUAAUUCCGACUCUGUGUGGAGGCACUUCUUGCCGAAGGACUACCUCUCCAUCCUGGCUCGUGCCGACGAUCGUGUGCAUUUCACUUCCGAGAAGAAGCUCCUCGUCAGCCUUGUCAAAGACCACGUCCUCCUCGACCAACACAGCAAGAGUCUUUGGUUGGAAAGAACAAGCCUAGCCAAGUGCUACUUGCUAUCAUCGAGAUCAUUACCGAUAGCAUGGGAAGACCAUCCCCUGAAAUGGAGAUGGAUCUCCUUACCCGAUUCCAGGUUUGAAGAAGUAACUGAGCUUCUAAAGGUCUGCUGGCUCGAUUUAUGUGGCAGAGUCAACUGCAGAGAGCUCUCACCCAACACAGAAUAUGCAGCCUACCUCGUCUUCAAAUUGACAGAUGAUUCGUACGGCCUUGAUUGCCAGACACAAGAGGCAGACAUCACCAUGGACGAUCAAGUAGUGUCUGCCAAGCGGACCAUCUCUUUCUACCCACGCCCACGCCCACGCCCACGCCCAUCCACACGAGAGACACUUUCUAACAUGGGUAGAAUCGAAGAAGCAGGACAAGCAGAGGAGCCAAGCUACCCAAGAGAACGAGGUGAUGGCUGGCUGGAGGUACAACUAGGGCACUUCUACAACGACCUAGAAGACACUGGAGUGGUUGUUAUCCGCCUCAAGGAGCAUAUCCAGCUCAACUGGAAGAAAGGACUUAUCUUGGAGGGUAUGGAAAUUAGACACAACAUAUAAGUCUUUGAGGAAGAUACAGAAAAAUGGAGCAAGUAUGUUAGAAGACAAAAUUAAAUAAUGCAGCAUUGAAUAUGCACAAAGAGCAGUCAUGAUUCAACCAGUGUUCAAAAAUCCUGGCUGUAAGCAAUUGGUUACCGCUCCAAAGCCGAUGAACCAACAUUGGCAUACUGAACAGAACAAUUUAAAUUCAACUUUGGAAGUAUGCCAACUUCUUAUCUUUCAUGGUUAUUUGUUGUUAUAUUUCUAAAGGAAAAUGAAAUAUUCGCAUUCAGUUCUAUAAUUAUAUCAAUUGCCACACUUGUGGUGGAACUAUUGAUAUGUUGUAUGUAUACUUCUGUGAUGCAUGUCUUUAUGGACUAUUGCAUCAUAAUCAUUAUGUUCUAUUUGUGAUGAAUUCAA